AUGGGCGGCUGGGAAAACUUAUUUAAAACCGCUGCUGUUGACUAUAAUAAUGGAAACCUUAGAGAUUCGUAUAGUAAUUAUUUAAAAGUAGCUACUGCGCUGCUCUACAAGUUUAAUAAUGAGGUUGCUUUUGCCAAUAAAGAGGCGGUAAAAACUAAGCCAGAAAAUAGCGCCAGACUAUUUCAACACCUCAAAAUUUGUGUGCAGAGACUUGAAGAUAUCCUUCAAAAUAAAGCGAUAAAUGGAGUGUCUCCAACUCCGCAACAUUCAACUAUUUCAGAUAACGCCGCUUUAAUUCUUUCAAACUCGCACUCGGUGCAUCUACCGCUCGUUCCUUUCUCUCCACUUACUAGGAAAUCUAUUCAACACGCCCAUCAAUUGACUAUUUCAAGCCACCGAUUAUCUGUUGCCGAGCAAAAACUCCCAGAAAGCAAUAAAGAGGUAGAGAAUGUUCUUAAGAAAUUAAGGGAUGAAGUCCGCCAACAGAAAACGAAACUUGAUCAAGUCAAUAGUCAGAUUCAAUCAAUUGCCGAAGUUACUUUGCUUCAUUGGGAUGCUGAAGCAGUUGCGCAACAGUUAACCAUAAUUGACUUUUCAUUAUUUAAUAAAGUAGAUUUCAAAAAAGAUUUUUCAGCAAAAGACAAAAAGAAUUCCAAAGUGCAGGCUUGCAUGGACUUCCACCGAUAUUUAACUAAUAGUUUUGCUCACCAAUUUAUUUAUGCAGAUAUGGCCCGGACGGCCGCAAACUCUUCACGUGGAGCUCAGCACCCACGAGAAAGUAUUAUUCCUCAUGCUAUCAAAGUGGCCAUUUAUUUAUUAAAUGUUCAUCGUAAUUUUAAUAGCUUUGCUGCUUUGGUGAAAGCACUUACUUCCCCUGAAGUACGAAGGAUAAGACGUUUAUGGUCUAAUAUUCCUGCUCGUGUGAAUCAAUUACUUAAAGAUUUAUCAUUAUACGUGAAGAAAGAUAAUGAUUAUAAAGCUUAUAGAGAUAUUCUCGCCCAAAAAAUGGAAUCUUUUCGUGGAGUUGGUCAGGGAACGAUCGUUAUUCCUUGGAUGCAACCUCAUUAUGAAGAAAUAAAGAGUAUAAACCAAUCUUAUACAAGUGGAAAGUCAGGAGAUUCGUCUGACUUCAUCCUUUCGGCACCUGGUGCACGAAAAUUAGCAUCUAUAUUCGCUCUUCUUGAGCAAUGUAAAACUAACACAGUAGCGCAUGACGAUGAAGAAUGGAAUGAAGUGCGAAAAGCUGUAACAUUAUCACAACGUCAUAGAGAUACAAUUACAGUUGAUGGUGUAACAGUCACAUUACCUACGGAUCUUUCACGUUUAGGUUGUGGUGAUUUAGAGUUGCAUCAUUGGCUUGUAUCUAGAGUCUAUUUAACUAAGCAACAAUUAAUUGAUGAGAGUAUUGAGAUUGAACCUUUAUGCGAGAAUGAACAACUUCCUUUGACGAUGGAUAAUUCAGGAGAGCAAAACAAUGAAGCAUUAGAAUCCUUGAAUAAGCCAUCUUCUUCUAAGGAAAUGAUUUAUGCUUCUAAAAAUGAACAAACUACUGGUGACAGCGUGUCCACAUCUGUUACACGUGAAAUUCCUAAAACCGUUGAAAAUGGCAAACCUGUUGGGAAAUCUUUAGAAGAAACGCCAUAUAACUUAGAACCAGUAAAGAAUGAUCCUGUCACUGGUUUAUCAAACGGUAAAAUUGAGGGAUCAUCAACCGCAUUCAGUUCUAAAACUGUCGCAAUUCCUAUUCCUCAAGUAACAAAGGAAAUUCAGCCUAUUUUAUCACCAAAAAAUCUAAACCCGAAUGCACGUGAAUUUAUUCCUAAAAGCUUAAAUUCUAGUUUAUUAGCAGGUGCGGGAGAUAAGAUAAAUGUCUCAUCGAAACAAUUAGAGGGGAUGAAUAAAAACCAUAAUUCUGGAAACGACGAUAAUAAGAAAGACAAUAUUGCAAAAAACGGUAUUGGUAACGUUAUUACUACUAAAGUCGAAAACACAGAAAAUGGUGGUGUUCCGGAAGUUAUUACGAUCAAGUUUCAUGGCAAUGUUUAUAUGUUGCAAAUUGCAUUUUCUGUAGAAUCGCACAGCGUAAGGCACCAUCGACUUGCGUUUAUGAAACAAAAUAUUCCUCACGCUGAAUUUCUACAUGAGCUUUCCGAUGAAUAUUUGGCCGAUUUACUUCCGGUUGCAAAGAAAAUAGCAAUCGGAACUAAGGCUGAGCACUAUAAUAUAUUACAGAAUAACGGAAAAGAAGCACACCAGGCAGUGGGGCAUGUACAUGUUCAUGUUAUCCCGAAACCAAACCAAGAAGAAGGUCUAGGAAUUAAAUGGCCUACUAAAGAAGUAUCACCAGAUCAACUGACUCCUAUUGCUCAACGAAUUAUUGAAGAGAUUGAAAAAAAUAGCCAAGAAUCAUCAGAAAAAAUCUA